AUGAAGUAAAGGAAACAAAUAAUGCAAAUAAUGUAGAUGAAACCAAUGAAUCACUAUCUAAAUUUUAUAUAGAUAUUUUAACCGGUGCAAUUAACCCGGAACGUAAUGUAAAGACAACUAAUUUAUGGGAUUUUUUACGUUCGUAUAUUGGAGAAAAAGGUGAUCAAUACUUUCUUAAAGCAAUGGAAAAUUAUUAUUAUAAAGAUACUGGUAAACUUGCUAUAGAUGAAGAGAUUAAGGUUGCAAAUAUGGAAAUUAAGCUUUCAUUAUCACCAAAAUAUUAUAAUUGGGUACUAUUAAAUUUUAAACCUUAUCUGAAAAUAGUAUCAGAGUCCUUUAAAGACAUUUUAGCAACUCGAGUUAGUAUAGACAUAAAACUUCAAGAAGAUAACAAUAUUGCAAAUGAAACUACUACAAUGAUAUGUGAUACAUUCAAAACAUAUUGUCUGACCUAUUGUUAUACAGAAGGAUUCUUUUUACCAUCACAAUUAAAAAUUAUUUGCAAGACCACAAGUGAAGAUAUACUUAAUCCAUUGUUCAAAUGUUAUUUGUAUAUGGUGUUUGAAAUUAAACCACAAGAAGUAACUGAUUAUAUGGAUCCAAAUGAUUCUUUCAAGGUAGAAAACGCAACAUUAUUGCAUAAUGAAUUACAAGAAAAUUUAUAUAUUCAUUCUGAUUCUCUCAAUGUGAUGAAAGCAAACUCGCAAUGUGAAACUGCGCCAAUAACUGAGGAUAUUACUUUUGAGAAAUGUAAAACUAAAAAGGAAUUACAAGAACAAUGGUAUAAAGAAAUUAAAAAAUACCAUAAUAGAAUUCCUAUCGCACAAAAUAAUUUAUCUAAAUUCGAUCUCUAUAUGAAAGAAUUUUGGCAAAUCUUUGUCGAAACAGAAAUUGGUAGAGAAUUGAGAGAGAAGGAGAAAGAUAUAGAAAAGUCUUCUAAUCCUCGA